UUUGGCAAUCAAAGCUUACUCAAUCCUAAUAUACAGUUGAUUUGCUCCAGUAUUGCUUACCCGUGGCCCGUUCGUGGCCCGUCACCAUAUGUUUACCAUCGGGAAAAUUAAUUGGUUAUUCUAGGCGUGGAGACAGUAUCCCCAUCAGCUCUCGGGGGGACCGUUACAGUAACUGAAAGCUGUCCCAGCGCAGCACAGCGCCUGUAGGGCCUAGGUUGUCGUACGAGUGCCCGGGUGUUCCUGCGAUACAGUUCACAGUAGUGGUACUACCAGAGUGAGGGACCCUGAUGAGCCGGAAGCAAAUUUUCAUUGACUUUCAAUUGCCGAAUCAAGUAAUGAGUCAAUGGGAAAAAUCGACAAAUGGACUUACCCACUCAUCACUGUACCCGUCAGUUACCAUCGCAAGAGGCCUUGUGAGCUGUCAUACUGUCAUGCCUGAACUCCCGGAAGUGGAGCGCGCAACUGCCCUCCUCAGGUCAAUUACCAAAGGAAACAGAAUCAUUCGGGUAGAAACCUCCGAGGACAACCUUGUGUUUCAAGGACCGUUAUCUCACGAGGACUUUGGUAGGGAAAUCAGUGGUCGCGUCGUGAAAGAUGCGUUCCGAUAUGGAAAAUAUUUCUACAUUGAGCUCGAAGGUGCAGGGAGGAUGCCCUUACUUCACUUCGGUAUGACCGGGAUGCUACAUGUCAAGGGCCAGCCUACCAUUCAGUACAGGAGGAAAGUUCACGAGGACCCCGAUGUAUGGCCGCCUAGAUUCAUGAAGUUCAUCUUGCACAUCGAGGCCGAGACAUCAGGCACAACAACCGAACUGGCAUUUUCUGACGCACGUCGCCUGGGGCGUAUUCGUCUUGUCAUUCACCCCAGAGAAGAACCGCCUAUAUCUGGACUUGGCUUCGAUCCAAUCUUAACCAUGCCUCCACUGUGGGAAUUUCAGACCCUCGUUCUGAAAAGGUCGUGUCCAAUCAAGGCUCUUCUAUUAGACCAAUCCUUCAGUGCAGGCGUUGGAAACUACCUUGCUGAUGAAAUAUUAUAUCAAGCAAAGGUUCACCCUGAACAGCGGUGCAAUACUUUUCUACAAAACCAAGUCGAAGCCUUGCACCGUGAAGUAGCUGAUGUUUGUCGAAUUGCUGUGGAAGCCGAUGCCGACGAUGAGAAAUACCCCUCUCAUUGGCUCUUCAAACAUCGCUGGGGAAAAGGUAAGAAGGCGCAGCAAUCCAUGAAGCUACCUUCUGGGGAAUCUGCGACUAUCAAGUGGAUCACUGUUGGUGGCCGUACCUCCGCCUUUGUGGCUGAGGUCCAAUGCCUUCCGCACAAGCAAAGAGCAGGGAAGACCGAGGCCACCACAGAGGACGAGAGCGAUUUGACGCCUUUGUCUUCAGACGAUGAUGAUGAUCGUCCCAUGGUUGCAUCGCGCAAGCGCAAGCUAAAAUCCGAGACUACCAGAAGAAAGAGCGUAGGUUCUUCGUAUACAGGAGAGCCUCUCCGUGAGAAGCGUCCUCGCCUCAAAAAGCACUGAGCGCUCGGGAUUGUAUGCCUUUAGGUACAGUUUUACCAUCCCUGUAUGUGCGUUCAUCGGCUUUAUGGCCAUCCUCUAUUUUUUGAACUACCCAAUACUCUGUC